CUUCUCGAAAUCAUUUUUAUCAUGGUUAAGUUAGGUUAUAUCGUAUGCAUCAAAUCAUACAAUUAUUUAUAGGCUAGUUUUUUAAGGAAAUACCUAAAUUUAGUGAUUUUGCAGUGCGAAAACUUUAAUAAUCUGUCGGACGAACACUUGGUGAAAGCGUCUUCUUUUUCUUUCUUUUUCAUUUCAAUCCUUUUCGACGUUCGUUGUCGGCGUUAUUUAUAUUUAGAAAGUUACGUGUAGACGUCGUGGCUUAAGUUUUCAUUGCAAAUACGCUGAAAUAUCGUGGACAAUUUGAGCAGAAAGGCUCAUUUACAUAUUAAAAUAAGUCUAUACCUGCUUUUAAAAAUUUAGUAGAACUAAACCAUCUUUAUAAUCUUAAUUGAAAUAAGCAUAGAAAUACUGAUAGCACCUGCAGAAAAUAAGCAAACGUCAACUAGGCAACAAGGAGAACACACGACUCUUCUGUUUGCUCUAAGAGGUUAUCUUGCUAAAUAUUAUCAAAAUUACUGCAAUUAAGAAGAGCCCGCAAAAAAUUAUGGAGGAGGACGAGAGGGGCAAGUUGUUUGUUGGUGGUUUAUCAUGGGAGACAACACAGGAGAAUUUGUCGAGCUAUUUUUGCCGCUUUGGAAAAAUAAUUGAUUGCGUUGUUAUGAAAAACAAUGAAAGCGGACGUUCCCGCGGUUUUGGUUUUGUGACUUUUGCAGAUCCGAACAACGUCGUCCAGGUGCUACAAAGUGGACCACACACACUUGAUGGUCGUACGAUCGAUCCGAAACCAUGCAAUCCACGCACUCUUCAAAAACCAAAAAAGGGUGGUGGUUAUAAGGUAUUCCUUGGUGGAUUACCAUCAAAUGUAACGGAAACUGAUUUACGCACGUUUUUUGGACGAUACGGUAAAGUAACUGAAGUAGUUAUUAUGUACGAUCAAGAAAAGAAGAAAUCACGCGGUUUUGGAUUUUUGUCGUUUGAAGAAGAAUCAUCGGUGGAACAUGUUACCAAUGAGCGAUAUAUUAAUCUUAACGGCAAACAAGUAGAAAUUAAGAAAGCAGAACCACGUGACGGGUCUAGCGGCCAAAAUGCUAAUAAUAGUGCUGUAGGUGGAGCUUAUGGUAAGCUAGGUAACGAAUGCAGUCAUUGGGGUCCACACCAUGGACCUAUAAAUAUGAUGCAAGGUCAGAAUGGUCAAAUGGGUGGCCCUCCACUUAAUAUGCCUAUUGGUGCACCAAACAUGAUGCCUGGUUAUCAAGGUUGGGGUACCUCACCACAACAACAGGGUUACGGAUAUGGUAAUAGUGGUCCUGGGUCUUACCAAGGUUGGGGUGCUCCACCAGGUCCACAAGGUCCACCGCCACAAUGGUCCAAUUAUGCUGGUCCACAACAAACUCAAGGUUAUGGCGGUUAUGAUAUGUAUAACUCGACUUCAACUGGUGGUCCUUCUGGCCCAUCAGGCGGUGGCAGCUGGAAUUCAUGGAACAUGCCACCAAAUUCUGCUGGCCCAACUGGUGCACCAGGCGCUGGUGCCGGUACCGCCACUGAUAUGUAUUCGCGGGCCCAAACUUGGGCUGCCGGCGGCCCCUCGACCACAGGUCCAGUUGGUAAUAUACAACGUACUGGCCCUGGUAAUUCAGCUUCGAAAUCGGGCUCCGAAUAUGAUUAUGGCGGUUACGGUUCUGGUUAUGACUAUGAUUAUAGUAAUUAUGCAAAGCAGGAUGCAGGAGCAUCUAAUUACGGCGCUGGACCACGAUCUGCGUAUGGCAAUGACAGCUCAACACAGCCACCUUACGCUGCUUCGCAGGCCGUCUAAGACGUCUACUAUAAACAUAAG